AUGGCAAAUUCCAAAGAACAAGCGUGUUGGAAUGAGUCCUUAGUAGAAGUUUUUGUUGACAUAUGUAUCAAGGAAGUGCAUAGAAAUUCGAAGCCACAAUCUCAUUUUACUUCAGAAGGAUGGAAUACUAUAAUCACUUCCUUUGUUGAACAAACUGGAAAAGAUUAUACCAAAAAACAGCUGAAAAUUAAGUGGGAUGCAAUAAAAGGUGAGUGGAGACUAUGGAAAGAUCUAAAGAAUAAAUAUACUGGUCUUGGGUGGGAUUCCAAGCUCAACACUGUUGUUGUGACCGAAGAGCGCUGGAGUCAAAUAAUUGGGAAAACCAAGGAAUAUGCAAGUGAUGACUCUGAUGAGAGAGAUGUAUCUAAUUACACUCGCUCAUCUAAGAGGAAAAAAAGUGAGAGAGCUUUGAAAGAUAAAGAAAAAAGACCCAAAAAGGUUGGAGGUGCUGCACAGUUGGCCAAAGAAAUUGGUAGAAUGUGUUCUGCAAUUGAAAGUAGAAGUACAACAUCUUCAAUGAUCAGUAAUGCGCGCACUAGUAUUACUGAAGUGAUGAAGGAUGUCACCUCAUUGCCUGGAGCUGAGUAG